GAAGUGCCUCUCGAGCGCCACCGCCAGCUUUGCAAGCAGAAAGGCGCUCUCGAAUUUGAGCGGGCAGUCGUGCACGCGGUAGCGGGAUUGUGCUUCCACGCACGUGUGCAAGGCGAGAUGUCGCAUCCGUCCCCACAAGCCAAGCCCUCCAACCCUAGCAACCCCCGGGUCUUCUUUGACGUGGAUGUCGGCGGGGAGCGAGUUGGUCGGAUUGUUUUAGAGUUGUUUGCGGAUAUUGUACCCAAAACUGCAGAAAAUUUUCGUGCACUAUGUACAGGAGAAAAAGGCAUUGGACCCACGACUGGGAAACCUCUUCAUUUCAAAGGAUGUCCUUUCCAUCGAAUUAUUAAGAAAUUUAUGAUUCAGGGUGGAGACUUCUCAAAUCAGAAUGGAACAGGUGGAGAAAGUAUUUAUGGUGAAAAAUUUGAAGAUGAAAAUUUUCAUUAUAAGCACGAUCGCGAGGGUUUAUUGAGCAUGGCAAAUGCUGGCCCCAAUACCAAUGGCUCUCAGUUCUUCAUCACGACAGUUCCAACCCCUCAUCUGGAUGGCAAACAUGUGGUAUUUGGACAAGUGAUUAAAGGGAUAGGUGUGGCCAGGCUGCUGGAAAAUGUGGAAGUGAAUGGUGAAAAACCUGCCAAAUUGUGCGUUAUUGCAGAAUGUGGAGAACUGAAGGAAGGUGACGACUGGGGGAUAUUCCCGAAAGAUGGCUCUGGCGACUGUCACCCAGAUUUCCCUGAAGACUCAGAUGUAGAUUUCAAAGAUGUAGAUAAAAUUUUAUUAAUAACAGAAGACUUAAAAAACCUUGGAAAUACUUUUUUCAAGUCUCAGAACUGGGAGAUGGCCAUUAAAAAGUACAGAAAGGUUUUAAGGUAUGUGGACAGCUCCAAGGCUAUUCUUCCGGAAGCUGCCGCGCCCCGGCUGCAGCCUGUGGCCUUGAGCUGCGUGCUCAACAUCGGUGCCUGUAAACUGAAGCUGUCGGACUGGCAGGGCGCCGUGGACAGCUGUCUGGAGGCUCUUGAGAUGGACCCAUCAAAUACCAAAGCACUGUAUCGCAAAGCUCAAGGAUGGCAAGGACUGAAAGAAUAUGAUCAAGCAUUGGCUGAUCUUAAGAAAGCUCAAGAGAUAGCACCAGAAGAUAAAGCUAUCCAGGCAGAACUGCUGAAAGUCAAACAGAAGAUUAAGGCACAGAAGGAUAAAGAGAAAGCAGUCUAUGCAAAAAUGUUCGCCUAAUGUUCGUAUUCACUUCUGCCCUUGGGUUGUGCAUAGCUUGUUCGAGGGAGUAAGACAGGCAGUUAGGCCUCUAUGUUUCCUUUGACACUUCAGUUCCUAAUGGUUUACAGUUUAGAAAUACUGAGAUUCCCUCUGAAUAAAAGUGUUACAAAACGCUAGUGAAGUUACCUUUUAUCAUUGUUUUCUGCACUGUUACCUUGGAGAAUGAUAUCCAGGCUGAUUUUAAAUUCCUAAGCCGUAACUUGUUGAAUUAACAGAUGUCAGUUUGAGUUUGUGUAUUUAUAGUUUCUCCUAAUCCCUGACAUAUGUGUGGUAGUUUGUGCUGGUGUUUUCUGUGUGUGGGAAUUAGGUAUAAAGCACCUGUUUAGGGGCAGGCACACUUGCCACAGGAGGCCAGAUCAUAACCUGUUCAGGGUCUAAGUUCUGUGGGUGUAACACAAGUGUAAUGACUUAGUCAUAGACAAUGUGUAAGCAAUCCAUGUGGCUGUGUUUCAAUAAAACUUUUAUUUGUAACAAGCAGUGAGCUGCAUGCCAA